UUUGUUUAGUUUUGAUAAACUUACUUAUCGGGGUGGCAGGAAAUGGCCUUUCCGUGGGACUGGAGCCAAAUCAGGAAGCUUCCGAUUUUCUUUAUUUUUCCCAAAAAACACUUUCAGCGAAUCCCAUCCUCUCCUGUUUCGCUAUGAAAUGCACCAGCACUGUUGGCUGGAGCUGAAGACUGCAGUAGACUUUUUGGGGAGUUGAAGUGAUCCUUUUGUAAUAUAUUAAUAAUAAAUAAAUAGUAAUAUUUGGAGUUGCCUUACAAGAAUUCUCUAAUUUGAUCCAGACUCGAGAUGAACCAGAAAAGGCUCAACAGAUACUCCAAAUGGGACGAGAGGAGGUCAACCGUGGUCUAUGGCCUGCGCUCCGUUGCAUUCAACAGCUUGAACAUGUUAACCCUCGGGGUAGAGUACGGAACUUGGGCCAGGGAGACGAAGAGUACUUCUGUGGACCAGGCUAGCCAGCGGGACAGACAGCGGGGUGAUAAGACCGACGGAUCGGAGGUUGUGACCGUCUCCGCGGCGGAAGGGACGCAGGUCUUGCCCGAUAAGAGGCUUCACAGCCGCUCCUUCACGCAGCGGCCUGGGACGGAUUUUCAGUCUGCGUGCGUGCAACCGGCCAACGAGGCGGGUCAAGGGAGGUUCGGUUCUGCCAUGAACCUGCCGGACAUGAUAAAGAUUCACGAGGAAUACAAAGUGCACGUCUCCGAGAUAUUUCAACCCUGGAGCAGCAGAAUGGCUCGCUUCGGAGACGACCUACCAACCCGCUAUGGAGGCGGCGGUCCGGCAGGCGCUGGGAGAGGGGGAAGCCGGCAGGGAGGCCCCCAAGUCGCGCCAAGGAUGUACAAGCAGUCGAUGGCUCAAAGGGCCAGGACUAUGGCUCUCUACAACCCCAUCCCCGUCAAACAAAACUGUUUUUCGGUUAACAGAUCCCUCUUCAUCUUUAGCGAAGACAAUAUCAUACGAAAAUAUGCCAAACGAAUAACCGAGUGGCCUCCAUUUGAAUACAUGAUUCUAGCCACAAUCAUAGCAAACUGCAUCGUCCUGGCGUUGGAACAGCACCUACCAGCAAGGGAUAAGACACCGAUGUCAGCGAGACUGGACGACACAGAACCCUACUUCAUUGGAAUUUUUUGUUUUGAAGCUGGCAUAAAGAUCAUUGCCCUGGGCUUUGCCUUUCACAAAGGCACCUACCUGCGGAAUGGCUGGAACGUCAUGGAUUUCGUAGUCGUCCUGACCGGUAUUUUGGCCACAAUCGGGGCAGACUUUGAUCUAAGGACCUUAAGAGCUGUCAGAGUGCUACGGCCGCUGAAACUCGUGUCAGGGAUUCCAAGUCUCCAGGUGGUCCUGAAGUCUAUCAUGAAGGCAAUGGUGCCCCUGCUGCAGAUCGGGAUGCUGCUCUUCUUCGCUAUCGUCAUGUUCGCCAUCAUCGGCUUGGAGUUCUACAUGGGCAAGUUCCACAAGACCUGCUUCAGCAACGAAACAGGUGAGCAGGUGGUAGAUUACCCCUGCGGCACCGAGCUCCCUGCGAGGACCUGUCCCGUCGGCUCAGAGUGCAGGGAGUACUGGAUCGGACCCAACUUCGGCAUCACCAACUUCGACAACAUCCUGUUCGCAGUGCUCACCGUCUUCCAGUGUAUCACCAUGGAGGGCUGGGUGGAGAUCCUGUACAGUGCGAAUGACGCUGCAGGAAACACAUGGAACUGGCUGUACUUCAUCCCGCUUAUCAUCAUCGGCUCCUUCUUCAUGCUCAACCUGGUGCUGGGAGUGCUGUCCGGAGAGUUUGCUAAAGAGCGCGAGAGAGUGGAGAAGAGGAGGGAAUUCCUGAAGCUCCGCAGGCAGCAGCAGAUCGAACGAGAGCUGAACGGGUACCUGGAGUGGAUCUGUAAGGCAGAGGAAGUUAUGUUAGCUGAAGAAGAUAAGAACGCAGAGGAGAAAUCUCCCUUGGAUGUUUUGAAAAGAGCGAAAACGAAGAAGAGCAAGAACGACCUGAUCCACGCGGAGGAAGGGGAGGACCACUUCACUGACAUCACCUCCAUGGGAUCUCCGUUCGCACGAGCCAGCCUGAAGAGCGGGAAGAACGAAAGCUCCUCCUACUUCAGGCGCAAGGUGAAGAGGUUCCGAUUCUUCAUUCGCCGCAUGGUGAAGGCGCAGAGCUUCUACUGGGCAGUCCUCUGCGUGGUGGCCCUCAACACUCUCUGUGUGGCCAUCGUGCACUACGACCAGCCGCAGUGGCUCACCGACGCACUGUAUUUCGCCGAGUUUGUUUUCCUGGGGCUGUUUCUGACCGAGAUGACUUUGAAAAUGUACGGGCUGGGCCCACGGAACUACUUUCACUCCUCGUUUAACUGUUUCGAUUUUGGGGUGAUCAUAGGCAGUAUUUUUGAGGUGAUCUGGGCUGCAGUGAAGCCCGGGGCUUCGUUUGGUAUUAGUGUGCUGAGAGCUCUGAGACUGCUGAGGAUUUUCAAAGUGACGAAGUACUGGAACUCUCUGCGUAACCUGGUCGUGUCUCUGCUCAACUCCAUGAAGUCCAUCAUCAGCCUGCUCUUCCUGCUCUUCCUCUUCAUCGUGGUCUUCGCUCUGCUGGGCAUGCAGCUCUUCGGCGGACAGUUUAAUUUCGAGGAGGAAACGCCAACAACAAAUUUCGAUACAUUUCCUGCCGCGAUUCUCACGGUCUUUCAGAUCCUGACCGGUGAGGACUGGAAUGCAGUGAUGUAUCAUGGGAUUGAAUCCCAAGGUGGCGUCCGCAAAGGAAUGUUCUCGUCCAUCUAUUUCAUCAUCCUCACCUUGUUCGGUAACUACACACUGCUCAAUGUCUUCUUGGCCAUUGCUGUUGACAACUUGGCCAAUGCACAGGAACUAACAAAGGAUGAGGAAGAACUGGAAGAGCAAACCAAUCAGAAACUUGCCCUCCAGAAGGCCAAGGAGGUAGCAGAAGUCAGCCCCAUGUCGGUCACUAACAUUUCCAUCGCAGCGGAGCAGCAGAAGGCGAUGAAGCUGAUGUCGGUGUGGGAGCAACGCACCACGCAGAUCCGGAGGCACAACCUGCAGGCGAGCUGCGAGGCUCUGUACAACGAGCUGGACCCCGAGGAACGCAUGCGACUCUCCUCCUUGCUGCACAUCCGACCCGACAUGAAGACGCACCUGGACCGCCCCCUGGUGGUGGAGCCCCGCAACAAUGUGGGGGAGGCAGCAGAGAAACCCCCGGCCCAGGAAACCACCGACACGGCCCCCAGGAAACACCACCGCCACCGGGACAAAUCGGCCGAGCAGCAGCAGGACAAAACAGAAGUGACCAACGAGAACGGAGAGUCCAACGGGAAAGAGGGGAGGCACCGCUCCCACCACAGCCGGAGCAAAGAACUGGAAUGCAAGGAGGGGAAGAGCGAGCGCAGCCGGAGCAGGGAAGGGGGGAAGAGGCACCACCACCAGGUCUCUGUGGAGGAGGGGGCGGAGAAGGAGCACAGGAGGCACCGGUCUCACCGGCACUCCGCCGAGCGCCAGGCCAAGGAGGGCAACGGCACCAUCAACAACGGGAAGGGAGAGAGGCGCCCCCGGCACAAGGAUGGUUCUCGAUCCACCAACAAAGAGGGAGAGGCAGGAACCAAGGGGGAGAACGGGGAGCGGCCAGAGAAACGUCACAAGCACCGCUCCAAAGCCAUGUCCACUUACGAGGGGGAGGAGAGGAAGGAGAACGGGGAGAAGGAGGGAGAGGCUGGGGAGAAGGAGCGCAAGAACCACUGGCCAAAGGAGAAUCAGGCUGAGACAGAGCCAGGAACCCUGGCCUCCACACCCCUGCAAGCCCCAGGCAGCCUGAGGCCAGUGGAGGAGAAGCCGGAAGACUCGGACAACCAGAAGAACGUGAAGCGAACGAUGCAGACGAUGGACAACACCAACACUGUGCACAUCCCCGUCACCAUCACGGCACCGCCUGGGGAGACCACCGUCAUACCCAUCAACAACAUUGAUUUCGAAACUUUGGCAAAAACUGAAGAGAAAAAGAACCUGGAAGAUCUCACCAGAAACGGACCGAAGCAAAUCCUGCCCUACAGCUCCAUGUUUGUGUUCACUCCAUCCAACCCUGUGCGGAGGCUGUGCCACUACAUUGUGAACCUGCGCUACUUCGAGAUGUGCAUCCUGGUGGUGAUCGUCAUGAGCAGCAUCGCCCUGGCAGCCGAGGAUCCAGUGGAGGCCGAGGCUCCCAGAAACAAGGUCCUCAAAUAUCUGGACUACGUUUUCACGGGAGUCUUCACGUUUGAAAUGGUGAUCAAGAUGAUCGAUUUGGGCCUGUUGCUUCACCCCGGGUCUUAUUUCCGAGACUUGUGGAACAUUCUGGAUUUCAUUGUAGUCAGUGGUGCCUUGGUAGCGUUUGCCUUUUCAGGAACCAAAGGAAAGGACCUCAACACAAUCAAAUCCCUGCGAGUACUCCGAGUCCUCCGGCCAUUGAAGACGAUCAAGCGAUUGCCCAAACUGAAGUCGGUGUUUGACUGUGUGGUAAACUCUCUGAAGAACGUGCUCAACAUCCUGAUUGUCUACAUGCUCUUCAUGUUAAUCUUCGCUGUCAUCGCCGUGCAGCUCUUCAAAGGGAAGUUCUUCUACUGCACCGACGAGUCCAAGGAGCUCGAGAAGGACUGCAGGGGUCAGUUUUUGGAUUACGAGAAGGACGAAGUGGACGCACAGCCCCGGGAGUGGAAGAAAUAUGAUUUCCAUUAUGACAACGUGCUGUGGGCCUUCCUGACGCUCUUCACUGUCUCAACGGGAGAGGGCUGGCCAACCGUCCUGAAGCACUCCGUGGAUGCCACCUAUGAAGACCAGGGUCCCAGCCCCGGCUUCCGCAUGGAGAUGUCCAUCUUCUACGUAGUCUACUUCGUGGUCUUCCCCUUCUUCUUUGUCAACAUCUUUGUGGCUUUGAUCAUCAUCACCUUUCAGGAGCAGGGUGACAAAGUGAUGUCGGAGUGCAGCCUGGAGAAGAACGAGAGGGCCUGUAUUGACUUUGCCAUGAGUGCCAGGCCUCUGACCCGCUACAUGCCCCAGAACAAGCAGGCCUUCCAGUACAAGAUGUGGAAGUUUGUGGUGUCUCCCCCCUUCGAGUAUUUCAUCAUGGCCAUGAUCGCCCUCAACACUGUGGUGCUCAUGAUGAAGUUCCACGGAGCCCCCGAUGUAUAUGAAGCCAUGCUGAAAUACCUGAACGUUGUGUUUACAGCUCUCUUCUCCUUGGAGUGUAUUCUGAAGAUCAUUGCGUUUGGUCCACUGAAUUACUUAAAGGAUGCCUGGAACGUGUUUGACUUUGUCACGGUACUGGGAAGUGUCACUGACAUUCUGGUCACCGAAAUUAAAGUGAGUAAUAAACUGAUCAACCUGAGUUUCCUGCGGCUGUUCCGAGCGGCAAGACUGAUCAAACUGCUCCGGCAGGGCUACACCAUCCGCAUCCUGCUGUGGACCUUCGUCCAGUCCUUCAAGGCUCUGCCCUACGUCUGCCUCCUCAUCGCCAUGCUGUUCUUCAUAUAUGCCAUCAUUGGAAUGCAAGUGUUUGGAAACAUUGCUCUGAAUGGUGAUACCUCAAUCAACCAUCACAACAACUUCCGAACUUUUUUCCAGGCUCUUAUGCUGCUGUUCAGGAGCGCUACGGGGGAGGCCUGGCACGAGAUCAUGCUGUCUUGUCUGAGUAAACGUGACUGCGACAAGCGCUCAGGGUCAGACGGUAAAGAGUGCGGCAGCGACUUCGCCUACUUCUACUUUGUGUCCUUCAUCUUCCUCUGCUCUUUCCUGAUGCUGAACCUCUUUGUCGCUGUCAUCAUGGACAACUUUGAGUACCUGACUCGAGACUCCUCCAUCCUGGGGCCUCAUCACCUGGACGAGUUCAUCCGCGUCUGGGCAGAGUACGACCCUGCAGCCUGUGGGCGCAUCACUUACCUUGAUAUGUAUGAGAUGCUGCGACACAUGUCCCCACCCUUAGGACUGGGAAAGAAAUGUCCUGCCAGAGUCGCAUACAAGCGGCUUGUGAAAAUGAACAUGCCGAUCGCCGAAGACAACACUGUGCACUUCACCUCCACACUCAUGGCCCUGAUCAGAACCGCUCUGGAGAUCAAGCUGGCCUCAGGUGUGCCAAAUCAGCACCAGAGCGACGCCGAACUGAGGAAGGAAAUCUGCACAGUCUGGCCCAAUCUUUCUCAGAAGACGCUGGAUCUGUUGGUGACUCCUCACAAGCCUAACGAACUGACUGUGGGUAAGGUCUACGCAGCCCUGAUGAUCUUUGACUACUACAAGCAGAACAGGAUCAAGCGGAUCCAGCAGCAGCAGCAGCAACAGCAACAGCAACAGCAACAGCAGCAGCAGUCCGCAGGGGGACUGGCCCAGAACAAGACGGGCGCCCUCUUCCAGCCCAUGUUGCCGCUCACCUUCAUGCAAGACCAGAAGCCUCCUCUGAACAACGUGAAGCCCAGCUCUGCCUCGCUCAACAACGGGGGCGCACUGCCUGGACAGGAAGGGACUAGUAAGGAACCUCCAUACUGGGUGACGGAGCGCACUCAGGAAGUGUUUCAACGGAGCAGCAAGCGUACGAUCGAGAGAGGGCACUCUGAGGACACCCCAAACAGCGCCGGUGUGCAGGAGUCAGUGGAGAUGAGGAAGAUGGACUCCCAUGGGGAUCCUCAGCCUGGGCUAGAGAGCCAGGGCCGGGCAGCCUCCAUGCCACGGCUGACAGCAGAGACACAGCCGAUCCCGGACUCCAGUCCAAUGAAGCGCUCCGUGUCCACGCUGACCCCACAGCGCCCCCUGGAGGUGAACCUGCAGGAUUACUCUCUGGAGCCCACGGCCCCCGACCGGACACACCACCACCACCACCACCACCACCACCGCUGCCACCGGCGCCGAGACAAGGACAGGAAGCAGCACUCGCUCGAGAGGUCCCCCAGCCGCCAGGCCAGCACAGACGCAGGUACGCCCGGUGACCCAGCAUCCUCCACCCUGCUAGGGGAGCCUGCGUCGCGGGACAGGGGGCGCGAGAGGGGGCGGUCCCACGAGAGGAAGCAUCACUCCUCUUCCUCGGAGAAGCAGCGAUACUACUCCUGCGACCGCUACGGGAGCCGAGACCACUCCCAGCCCAAAUCCAGCAACCCGAGCCGCUCCACCUCCCCCUGUGAGGGCCAGGACAGACAGGGCAGUGGUUCAGUUAAUGGGAGCCUGGUGAUGUUGAGCUCUGGUGCGAGCACCCCUUGCCGAGGACGCAGGCAGCUGCCUCAGACGCCCCUCACCCCCCGCCCUAACGUUACCUACAAGACGGCCAGCUCCUCCCCUGUGCAGUUCAGCGCCGGCUUGCCCAGCUUCUCUCCGGCCCGGCUGAGUCGAGGCUUAUCCGAGCACAACGCUUUGCUGUGCGGAGACUCCCAGAACCAAUCCCACGUCGCUGUGACCCGCAUCGGCUCCGACCCUUACCUGGGACACAGGAACGAUUCUGAUGGGCCAGAAGACAUGCUGACCUUCGAGGACGCUCUGGCCUCCAACAUAGGACGAGCCCCCAGGACUCCUUACGCGGUCUCCACCCCAACGCAGCCCCAGCAAAGCAGGGGGGUCCCCAACGGCUACCAUUACGCUGUGGGUGUCAACGCGGGCCCCGGCUCAGGCACUAGGGGGCGCCGGUACUAUUACGAGGCGGACCAAGAUGAUUGGUGCUAGCAUGGCUUUAAAAACAAAGCAAGGUUCUUGCAGAUUUUUAUGCAUUCAGUGGAAAAAAAAAAUCGAUGAGUUUUAUCAUCACUCAAGGCUGUAGUUUUACACUGUUCUUGUAUGUAUGUAUGUAUGUAUGCAUCUGUUUUAAAUGAAAAUGAAGAAAGGAAAAAAAAAGCAUGUUCCGAAGAAAAGAAGGAUCCAUCCUGGAUGAAGAGAUACAUUUCUGUAUUUCUAUAUAGAUAUAUAGAUAUACUGAUGUGUAUAUAUUUAUGUAAGUGCUGUGUUUUAUUCCUCUCAUGUGUCUUUGCACUGAGGCAAAAGACACUCUGAUGUGGAAAGAAAUGCACACGAUGAUUCAAAAUGCUUUUUUCUAGCCUGCUUGUGCUAAUGGUUCCAGAGAAGAAAAAACCACACAAAGCAGAGCUAACCCUAAGGACAUGAACCACAGAGAGAUCACUGCAGAUUGGGUCGCAGAUUUUUUUUCUCUCUUUUCAAGAAAACAUACAGAUGAGGAAACACAUGUUUGCUGUAUUCAAAGGAGUGCAGAAGUCUUGAGAGUAACUGUUUUGAAUGGAGCCAGUCAUCAAAUAGCUGAUAAUGCACUACCAUGUUUUCUCUGCUUACCUACAUAGUGUUUUACCCUUUAUAUAAAAGAGCUAUGUUGUCCUCCCUAUCCAGUAGGGAGUUCUGCUGAAAUGGGAGACUUUACUAUGGUUAUAUUUCAAGAAAUGUUGUUGAUAUGCUGCUUUGCAAACAUCAUCACUAUUUGACUUGCAGUAAAAAAAAAAAAAAGAAAAAAAAAGAAAAAAAA